ACAUAAGUACACAAAAGGAGAAAACAUAAACUUGCAAAUGUCACAGUAAAUUAUACAGGUUGUUCAAAUUAAAUUAAUUUAAUCCGAUUUGCGUCCGUGGCCCUGAACGCCACACCAGCUGACAUUUUGCUAACAGUCCGCGUUGACUACACACAGCUUGUGGCUGAAUAUAAGAUUGGAUACAGUUUCGUUUUAAUAAUAGGAUAAGAAGGGAAACAUGUUAGCAUAUAUCUGGCAGUACGUCUACACAUCCUACCUCAGGUACUGGCUGAAAUGGCUCAUUAGGCAGGCCACAGGCACGUGCGAGUUGCAGAGGAUAUGCUCGGGCUACAAACCGGGUGCCACCAGAACAACAAAAACAGAAUACUCCGUGGAGUCUUCAAAGAGCAAGCUACUAAGAGGUGCCCUGGAAUGCAGCCAGGAGACAUUGGAACAAUGCGUGGACCAAAUUAUGAAGGAGAAGCGCGUCAAAGUACAGACUAAUCCCUUGUUCAAAGAGAGUUUGCAUACAUCUCUGCUGCAGAUAACAGGAUACAAAAGCCUGUACAUGUCCGUGGAAGACACCAGGAAAGAAGUGUUCUGCUCGGACAGCCAACAACAUGAGGCCAUGCUGCUGAAGCUUUGGGAGCUGCUCAUGCCGAACGUGGAGCUGGAGUCCAGAUUGACCAAGCAGUGGGGGGACAUCGGCUUCCAAGGGGACGACCCCAAGACGGACUUCAGAGGAAUGGGCAUGCUGGGCCUCAUUAACCUCCUUUUUUUCAGUCAAAACUACACAGAGGAAGCACGGAUGGUAUUGUCUCACGCAAACCAUCCUAAACUGGGGUACUCCUACGCCAUAGUCGGGAUCAACCUGACUGAGAUGGCCUACAGCCUCCUGAAGAGCGGCGCUCUCAAAGCUCAUUUUUACAACACGGUGCCUGGCGCACCUCAGCUACAACACUUUCAUCAGUUUUAUUGCUACCUGGCGUUUGAGUUUGACAAAUUCUGGAUCGCCGAGGAGCCGGAAAGCAUCAUGUUGUUCAACCAGUACAGGGAAAAAUUCCAUCACGUUGUCCAGACGCAUCUGAAGGACCCCGACGUGUCUCUCACGCUCUCAUCCAUGUGAUACGCAACACCCAGAAGGAAACACAAUCAUUCCAUGUUUAGACGUGGCGAGGACGGCGGACGUGGCGGUGAGUUGUUCAGCUCUUUUAACGAGGCGGCAGCCACAUGGCUAAUAUUGUGGUCCAAAGACACGUUGAAAAAUGUCAAAUAAUGUAAACACUUUAAGUUGGUCAGCUCAGGAUUUUGAUAUUUACGUCCUUAAUAAUGUGACUAAUGCUUUUUGUUGGUUUGUGGUUGUUUU